AUGGCUUCCAGUAGUAAAAAACAGCGUACACUGACAGGGUUCUUUUCGGGGGAAAAUAAGAAGCAAAGUGAAAGUCAAACAUCUAAUCCAGUGGUUAAGGCUACAGAAGAUCAUGAUAGGUCUAAGGAUGGGACUCCGAGAAAAAAAUCAAAGAGUAACUGUAGCGGUAAGACGGUUGUUAUGCAAUCGAAGUUCAAUCAAGACUGGCUAAAUGAUUACAAAUGGCUGCGUGUAGAAGGAAAUGAAGGUGAUGAGAUAAUGUUUUGCCGAAUUUGCGAAGAAGCCCAGCAGGCAAAUGGCUUCGUUAAAGGAAGUGUAAAUAGAAAAAAAUCUGCACUAAAUGACCAUCGGGAAAGUCAGUCACAUCACAAGGCUGUGCUAGCACUCACGCAUAGACAAGCUAUGGCAGCAUGCCAGAAAGCCCAGAGUGAGAAGAAUGAUGACAGUCUCACUGCGAUGUGCAACACAGUGCUUACGAUGGCACAAGAGAACAUUGCUGCAAACAAAUUUAACGCCUUAAUAACUUUGCAAAAAAACAACAAAUGUUCGGCCCUAAGCGGUCUUGUGUAUAGCCAUGGUGACUCAGUGCAAGAUAUUGAACAAGCGUUAGCUACGAGCACAAUUGAGCACUUAAAGGGUCGCAUUGCCAACAGUAAAUUUGUGGGUUUGAUAAUCGAUGAAACAGUUAACAUCACAGUUGAAAAAAAACUCAUCAUGUUUCUAAGAAUUAUUAACUAUGGAAAGGCAGAUACUGUUUUUCUCGGCAAUCACACUGUGCAUGACGGCACCGCUAGCACCAUCACAGACAAGAUCAAGGAAGUGUUUCGAGAAUGGAACAUUCCUAUCAACAAAGUCGUUGGUCUUGGCUCCGAUGGUGCUAGCGUGAUGACCGGUCAUAAGUCAGGCGUGGGGGUGAGGUUGACAGACGAGUGUCCGUUCUUAGUGCAUGUGCAUUGUAUCGCACACAGAGUCUCCCUCGCGUCCCACGAUGCCGCCAAGAUGUCAAAGGUUAUCACUGACUUCACUAAAACGGUGAAUGAAAUAUACAAACUCUAUCAGUAUUCAGCUGUUCGUUAUGAGCGUCUGCGAGAUUUGUCCCAAGUUCUCAGUGACACAGAAUUCUCUAGCUUAAAACAGCCAUGUAGUGUUCGUUGGUUGUCUUUGGGGCGGGCUGUUAAGUCUACCAAAGACAACCUACCAGCCCUAUGUAUGGAAAUUGAAGAAGAGGCAACAGCACGACAAAAUGCUGUAGCAACAGGCCUUCAAAAAAAAAUGAAAACUUUUUCCUUUGUUGCCCUUUGCUACAUGCUAACGGAUGUUCUUCACAUCAUGGACAAGCUGAUCACAGUCUUCCAACGGGAUGAACUCAACCUUGGUUGCAUUCAUCCCGUUGUGAAUGGUUCUAUUGAAUCGUUGAGCGAGCUCCUCACUUCACCAGGUCCUAGUGAACAAUAUUUCCUUGACAACAUCAGUGAUGGAGUUUUCAGAUCCAUUAAGCUCACGCAUGAUGACCCACGGUCGCGAACUGCCUUCCAGAACACUCGGUCAGGUUUCAUCACAGACCUCUGUGAUGCACUCAGAAAAAGAUUUCCGGAAGACAGUUUAUCAGUCAUUGUGUCUUUGGACAAAAUCUUGAACCCGUCGAAAUACCCCUCUUCUCGCAACGACAUCGGUCAAUACGGUAGUGACUCGCUUGAGGUUGUUCUCGCUUAUUUCACGUCUGAUGACGUCACCGUCAACAACCUGAUUGGAAUUGACACUGACCGCGCCAGACGUGAUUUCUCUCAGUUCAAGCGAACGCUGGCGAACUUGGGGACCAAAACACUCACAAACACAUGCAGGUUAUUGGUUAAUGACUAUCAGGUGCUCUUUCCUGAUUUUGCUGUUAUGGCAACGAUUGCUUUGACAAUACCAGUAAGCAGCGUCCCUGCGGAGAGAGGAUUCAGUCUCCAAAAUCGCAUCCACACUGCGUCGAGGAAUCGUCUCUCCCGGGAACGUUUGGACAACCUGAUGUUGCUGAAUAUGCAUGCCGAUGACAAUGUUGUUCCGCGAGCUGUUCAGAUUUUCCGUCAGAAAAAAAGAAAAGUGUAG